AACCGUCAUUUUCCUACUCGCCCUCUGACAUCAGCCACCUUCUCUGUAGCUGGUUUCUCUGCAGUCAAAGUAAUCCCUGGCGAUGAAAAAUGAACCUCUCCCCCACCCCUGCUGCUGCCUUUCGCCUCACGCCCCCAGAGAAGAAUUUCUUCGCAAGGCAGCCGGUGAAGGUUUUUUUCCAAGUCACAUGAUUCAGGAUGCAGGGGGAAGAAUCCUUCUUGGAACCGAGAUGGGCCCAGAACCGAGUCAGAUGAGGAGAGAUAAGGUGUGAUGUGGGGAAGGCUAUAUAAGAAUGGACUCAGGGCUGCAGCAGGCACUCGACGGAGUGGCCCCCUCUCAAGACACAGCCAUGCAUGUGCCGGCAGGCUCCGUCACCAGCCACUUGGGGACUAGUCGCGGUUACUUCUAUUUCAUCACAGUCUCGUUGGCUGUGGGUCUCAUCUUUGCUGUGGCGACCAUUAUGGUGUUGAUAGUUCAGAGGACGGACUCUAUUCCCAACCCACCGGACAACUUUCCUUUGAAAGGAGGCAAUUGUUCAGAUGACAUAUCCUGUGUCUUGAAAAGGGCCCCCCUAAAGAAGUCAUGGGCCUACCUCCAAGUAUCAAAGUAUAUAAACCAAACCAAACUGUCCUGGAACAAAGAUGGCAUCAUCCAUGGAAUCAGGUAUCAGGAUGGGGAUCUUGUGAUCCAGGUCCCGGGACUGUACCUCAUCUUCUGCCAACUGCAAUUUCUCGUGAAAUGCCCAGAAUAUCCUGUUGACCUGAAGCUGGAGCUUUUCAUCAACGCAGAAGUCAAAAAGCAGGCACUCGUGACAGUGUGCGAGUCUGGCACGCAAACUAAAAACAUAUACCAGAAUCUCUCUCAGUUCCUGCUGGAGCAACUCCAGGUCAACGCCAUCAUCUCAGUCAAGGUGGAUAAAUUCCAGUACGUGGACACAAACACAUUUCCUCUUGAGAAUGUGCUGUCCAUCUUCUUAUACAGUGGCUCAGACUGA